ACCACGCAGCCCCCCUCUGUCGCUGUAACGGUGAAGCGUCGUUUGUGAAUACGCUGCCGUAGUAAACAACAAAUUCACGGCCUCAGAUAUUAAAUCAACAAGCCGUAGAAAAUGGCGAGGUACCUGAGGCCGCCUAACUCGUCUCUGUUCGUUAGAAACAUCGCCGACGACUCCAGGCCAGAGGAUUUACGACGUGAAUUUGGUCGUUAUGGGCCUAUAGUAGAUGUCUACAUUCCACUUGACUUCUAUACACGACGAGGAAGAGGAUUUGCUUACAUUCAGUUUGAAGACGUCCGUGAUGCAGAGGACGCUCUUCACAACCUGGACCACAAAUGGGUUUGUGGGCGUCAGAUCGAGAUCCAGUUCGCCCAGGGGGACAGAAAGACUCCUAACCAGAUGAAGACCAAGGAGCGCCAUUCCCCUCGCAGUUCCUCCCGCCACGACGACGAUCGGGAUAGCCGCCGGAGACGGUCCAGGAGCCGCAGCUAUGAGCGCCGCAGGUCACGGAGCCCCUCCAACGGGCGCCGCCCACGGAGGUCUGAAAGCCCCAGAGAAUCUCGGUCCUACAGUCGACACAGACGGAGCAGAAGCCAUGAAAAUGAAAAGUACAGAGGUCCUCCUCGGGACCACCACAGGCCACACCGUGAACCAGGCCCACGUAACCACUCUGCGUCCCGCUCCCCUUCACCCUCCAGACCCGUGCCCAAAGGUAAAAAGAGCCAGUCCAGGUCCCACAGCCCGGGCGAAGCUUACCACCCAGCCUCCAGUUCCCAGAAACCGCCCGUUGGACGAUCCCCAUCCCGCUCCUACUCUAGAUCCAUGUCCCGGUCACGAUCCCGCUCCAGGUCCUGGGCUGGACGCAAGUCUGGAGGCCACUGACUGACUGUCCCCCCAAGGCCCCGUUAAUCUAUCUCCGAGGAAGUUUCCGUUCAGUUAUGACUAGAGCAUUAGGCUCUAUGCUAGCAUUUGUUUAUCAUCACAUUAUGGAGUCUGUUGCCAAAAGGGGGCAUGAGCAGCAGAGAGGCGAGACGUUUUCUUUUAAAGAAAAAGGGUUUUGUUCCAAAUUGAUUCAUGAAGGCACGGUUGAUACCUGGUACAUUUUUUUUUUGGGACUUGUGUAUUGUAAGUUGCUGUAGGAGGAAAAAUGUUAGUUUUCAGCCAGUAAUAUUUUUGUACUUUUGAUUUAUCCAUAUUUACGUGCAUACGUUUAUUCAUUUGAUGCCUGUCUCAGUUUGGCGCUAUUAUUUUUUGUAAUAAAAACAUGAAUACAAAUUGCGUUUAACUUCAGGCCAAGACUCAAAAGUAUUUACUAACAUCGCUGCAGGAAAACUGUGAACUGCAGUAACUGUAAUUAGUAUUGUAACGGCUGAUGUAUUGAUAGCAGUUAGUUGCUACCUAAUGUUGUCCAGUAUGCUAUGUGGCAACAUCUUUCAUGUUCUUUGUUCAGUGAGUGAAACAGUCAGUUGAAUAUUUCAAGUGUUUUAGUACUGUUGUCCUAGCUUUACUUGGUAUGCUUUGAAAAUAAAUAAACUUUUUUU